AUGAAGCUCCUGGAUGAGACUUCGGGGAGAGAAACUGACAGCAGCAGCCACAAACACAAAAGAAGAAAUCAAGUGGAGACGAUCCAUCAUAUGACGCGCCUCCCUGCUGAUCCAUGGAAACCACACAGACACUCGAGACUAUUUGCCAAAGGUUGUCUUUUGAGACUCAGAUGUUGCCUGGAGAGAGUGUGUGGGAUGGAGUGGUAUGGCUAUGCUGCACUCGGCAUGUUAACUGCCAUUCUCAGCUUUGUUAUGGACCUGAGUGUAACAAAGCUGCUGACAGUUCACCAGUGGCUUUAUACCCAACUGGAGGACAACAAUCUGCUGCAGUUCUUCUGCUGGACACUUUACCCAGCAUGCCUUUGUGCUCUGUCAUCUUCACUCUGUCACAACAUCUGCCCCUUCGCUACAGGCUCAGGCAUACCAGAGGUGAGGACCAUGCUGGCUGGCAUUGAAAUGCCAAAUUACUUGUCUCUCACCAACAUGUUCACCAAGUUUCUGGGCCUUAUUUGUACACUGGCAGCUGGUAGUACUGUUUUCCUGGGUAAAGUGGGUCCAUUUGUGCAUCUUUCCACCAUGAUGGGAGACUUCAUCAGCAACCUGUGCUGUCAUGUACAAGCCACUAAAGAGAAGAAAGCAAAUGGAGACAUGUUGGUGGUUGCCGCUGCUGUCGGCGUCGCCAGCUGCUUCGGAGCACCUGUAAGCGGUGUGCUCUUUAGCUUGGAGGUGAUGGCCUCUCACUUUGCCACAGUGAACUACUUGCCGUGUUUCUUCUCAGUGGUCUGCGGGGCAUUGACCUUUCGCUUAUUCUCUGUGUGGAGUGGAGAUGAAGAGACUCUUGAAGUGUUGUUUAAAAUACAUUUCCCCUCUGCGUUACCUUUCCUCCCAAUGGAGAUUCUGCUGUUUGCCCUCCUGGGGCUGCUGUGCGGAGCUGUGGGCUGCUUGUACCUGUUCCUGCAUCGCUGCAUGCUGCAGUUCACCACAACAAACCCUGGCUUUUACAAGAUGCUAAAAACAGAGAAAGGUCUGUACUCAGCUUUAGUGACCUUCUUUUUGGCAUCUCUGACAUUUCCUCACUCUGUGGGUCAAUACAUGGCUUCCAAGCACACCAUGAAGCAGCUGCUCACCUCAUUACUAGAUGGAAAACAGUGGACGUCUCAAUCCCACAACGCCUCUGUCCAACUGAAUCCAGAGGCCGUGUUGGAGUGGGGCUCAUCUGGGUGUCCUGUCUACCUCUCUCUGGUUGUCUUUCUACUCAUGAAGCUGUGGAUGAUGGUGCUUGCCUGCACUCUGCCACUGCCAGCCGGAUACGUCAUGCCAGUCUUUAUCUAUGGGGCAGCCAUUGGUCGUUUGCUUGCCGAAGGAAUUGUCUCCAUGUUCUCCACCACAGGCCAAAAGUGGUCUUCUAUAAAUCCUGGAGGCUACGCACUUGCAGGUGCAGCAGCAUUCUCUGGGGCUGUGACACACACUGUAUCACCAGCUCUCUUGGCUGUGGAGUUAACUGGUCAGUUCAGCCAUGUUGUCCCCGCCCUCCUCGCCACUCUCUUAGCCAAUGCUGUCGCUCGCUCUGGGAGCCGCCCAUCUUUCUAUGAUGCUGUCUCCAUCAGCAAGAGGCUGCCACACCUGCCCUCUCUCAUGCUGGCACACCCCAGGCUUCUCUCCACACAGGUUGGACACCUUCUGGGCGUGAGGACCGUGCAGCUCCAGAGAGCAGCAAACCCACAGGAGGUCCAACAUGUUGUCAACACCAGCACUGAGAGACAAAUCCCCGUGGUAGACUCACAUGAGUCGCCAAUUUUGCUGGGCUUUGUUGUGCGAUCAGAGCUUCUGACGUUCCUUCAUCACUGCAGAACUGCCGAGAGUGUGGACCAACAUCUAGAGGACAUCUGCAGUAUUCACUCUGCUGCAGCCCUGUUGUCACCUCACAACACCAUCCAAGAAGCGUACAGCAUCCUGAGCCUUGCCGGAGCUCAGACUGUGUUUGUCACCGACAGAGGAAGGCUCCUUGGAGUCAUCACAUGGGCAGAGAUGAAGAGAAUAUUAGAAGACUCGGUUAAAGAAAUUUAGCACAAGAAAUAAACACUUCUUUGAUCACUAAUAAAGUUAGCUGUUCCUCAGUGCCCUAGCAUGAAAAUAUUUCCUAAUAAUGGUUAUUAGCUGUCUUUAACGCAUAUUUAUCAGUGAUUACGCACCUAUUGUUCUAAUCAACACGAUCUCAUCCACACGAAAGAUAUCACAUUUACUAAGGAAAGACACAUUAAACUUGUGUAUGGAACAGGAACAACUCAUAAAUAACUGAUUACUCAAUAUAUCGAUUUAUAUUUCUAUGAUCUUGCAAGAUUUACCUUGAAGGGGCACAUCAGUAAAAAUCAACUUCCAAGGUAAAUAAUACAUUAUAUUGAUAUUUGUAUGACAGCAGUCAUAUUUCCUUUUUAGCACAUUUAAUUGUAAAUACAUGGUCAUGGUUGCUUGACUUA